AUGUCGUUACCGGGUCUGGGGUUAUCGGAGCCUGAAGAAGUCGCUCAGUCUGAAGUGACUCAGCAUAAUCUCGACAAAGAGUCGGAAUGGCGCUUCGAAGUGGCCGCAGGAAAAUACAUCCAGGUCAAAAUACUCUCAGGCUCAGCAGAGUUGUUCGGCACUGAGCUCGUCGUCGGCAAUGUCUACUCCUUCACCGGCACGAAGGCUGCUAUCUACACGUGGGAAGGAUGCCGAUUCGAGGUCAGCGGAGAUGCCGUCCAGAGCGACUACGUCGCACAGGAGACGCCUAUGACCGAGUACGUCAACGUCCACUUCGCACUCGACUCGAUACGACAGCAAGCGAAAGCAGUCGGCAAGGAGGGACCUAGACUUCUCAUCAUUGGACCUGAAGGUGCAGGGAAGACGACGUUAGCAAAAGUACUCGCAGGCUAUGCUGUUCGGGCGCAGCGGUCGCCUGUGGUGGUCAAUCUCAACGUCAAAGAAGGCGUCAUGAGUGUCCCUGGCACAAUGACCGCAACGGUGUUCAAGUCCAUGAUCGAUGUUGAGGAGGGCUGGGGCACGGCUCCCAUGAGUGGUCCCAAUGGUGCCAUUCCCGUCAAGCUCCCUCUCGUCUAUUUCUAUGGCAGCGACGACCCCUUCCACAAGGAUAGCAAGGUCUACAAGACCCAGGUCUCGCGACUAGCAUUGUCAGUGACUGGGCGAAUCUCGCAAGACCCUGAGGCUCGGGAGGGCGGCGUGGUAGUCGACACACCCAGUGUAUUAGGUAGUUCUGGCGUGCUGAACGCCGACCUCCUUGCGCACGUCGUCUCUGAGUUCUCCAUAAACUACAUCGCGUGCAUCGGCUCUGAAAGGCUGUACUCUGAAGUCAGCCGACGUUAUGACAACCAGCCGGUGUCCAUGUCCGCGACCAGCAACUCCUGCUCACCAACGAUAUCCGUGGUCAAGCUCACAAAGUCCGAGGGCUGUGUCGACCGCGACAGCACCUACAUGACGGCAUUCCGAACAGGCCAGAUACGCACGUAUUUCUAUGGCAACCCAAGACUGUCGAAUGGCAUAGCCCUGCAACCACGUCAACAGACGAUUGACUUCGCUACCUUGACGGUGUGGCAGCGUCUCGGCACAUUCGCAGCAGGUGCUCUUGCGGGUUCUUCGAACGCGACUACUGCUCCCGACGACGAUGAGUUCCUGCCAGGAGACUUUGCUCCAGACGCGCCAGCAGUCACAAGCAACGGGAGUGCAGUACCUCUACCAGCAUCUCAGAUCUUUGAGCGGAUCACAGCGCCUCAGCCCGCCAUGCGAGGCUGUUUGUUCGCCGUUAUGAAUUGUGCUCCGGAAGCAGAACAGGAGACAAUCAGGGACUCUUCGGUCAUGGGGUUCCUGUACGUGGUGGAUGUGGACGAUGCACGAGGCAAGAUCAGUCUUCUGAGUCCCGUCGCUGGUCGAGUCCCCGAUCGUGCGCUGGUUUGGGCUGGCUGGCCGGAGGGUGUUCUUGGCUUGAAGGACUAG